CAUAACCCACAAUUUUUGCAAAUGUCAUGUUUAUAAUCGCAAAAAAUGUCAUGAAUAAUGUUUUAGAUAAAAAAUAAUUGCAAAUUUGUAGUUGGUUUUUUAAAAUGUGAAAAGGGAUGACAUUCGAAUUUUGCGUUUGCGCAAAAAGUUACAGUGAAACUACAUAAAUAUUAUGACGGUGUUCUGUGUACUCGAAAAUUGCAAAUGUCAAACUAAACGACUUCUGUAAAGUUGACAGUACUAUGAAAGUGGUGGUUUUAAAGCGAAAUUACAGAAAACCGUCGAACUAUACUAAUGGCAGAUAAUUUGCAGAAAAAACCUAAGAAAGGGAUUUUAAAAAAUUCCAGCAGUUUUGAUGCUCCCGACCAGUCAGCGCAGAAGAAGGCAAAAAACAAAGGGACAAAAUGGGAUGAAAUGAACAUCAUAGCCACACUACAUCCCCCAGAUAAAGACUACGGUCAUAUGAAAGUGGACGAGCCUAAAACCCCUUACAAUUUCGAAGAUCAAGUUGAUAAUUCAAAAGAAUUGGAUGUUAACGCUUUGGCAGAAAAAAUAAGACUGGGUGAAGAUAAACUUCCAAAAGUGUUACAGUCGCGUUCAUUUGAAAGUGAAGAGAGCGAAGAUGAAGAUCUCACACCAGAAGAAAGGCAGAAGAAAAAGGAGUUUGAGAUGAAGCGCAAGAAGCACUACAAUGAGUAUUAUGCUGUGAAAUUGGCGAAGAAACUUUUGGAGGAAGAGGAAGAGGAGGACGAGGGAUCAUCUGAUAAUGGUAGGCAAAAGGUUAAGGACCAAGGAGCUAAGAGCUCAAACCAAAAGGAAAACGACGACUCGUCAGGCCAGUCUUCCGAUGAUCUAUGAUUCACUAGUUUCAACUGAAGUAUCGAAAAAAAAA